AUGGAUUCAAACAGCCUGGAAAGGGCAUCUCAAUACCUGAACAAUCUCUUACUCGCGCGCGGACUCCUCUCCAAUGGCAAGCCCAUCGACUUUGCCGUCCCAGAUCGUAAUGGCUCCAGCACCAAUCCAACGAUGUCCCGCAUCAUCAACCUCGUCCACGACCUUGUUCUCCGACGUGAUCAGGAGGCCGAACAACGAGAGGACCUCGCCAUGAAUAUUCGCCAGGCCCGCGCCGACGAAGCACAGCGUGUUCUCGAUCUCCAAAGGUUGCAGGCCAAGACUGCUGAACUCUCGCGAUCAGCGGCUGCCACCGAGGCGCGGGAGCGAGCCUUGAAGGCAAGCGUGCGCAGGCUCGAAAAUCAAGCAAAGGAGCUGAGGGAGCAGAUGUUGAAGACUAAAUCUACUCUGGAUCAAGUGCGGGGCAAAUGUCUGAACGACCUCCGCAAGAAGGAUGCGGAACUGGACAAGCUGAAGGCCUUUUUGGCGGGAUUGCAGCGUGGCAAGAAAGAUUCGAGUGGAAUCAAAAUAAAUACGAUCAACUGGGAGCCAGAGCUUAAGGGCAAAGAACUGCGCAACGGACAGGACGUGAACAGCUCCGAGUGGAGCCUUGAAAAGGAAACCAACGAGUUCCUGGCUGCAUUGGUCAAUGAGACGAGUACGGAAAAUGUGUCCCUUAGACGCAUCGUCACGGACUCGAUGCGCAUUUUGCGAGACAUGACCGGACUGGAAGACAGGGGAGCCGAUGCUGAGAACGAAGAAGACCAUUACCGCGAAGCCAGUCGAGAAUCAACUUCGCAACAACCUCAAGCCGAAGACCUGACCUCUUGCGACGAGCUAGCUGAACACAUGGAUGCCAUUCUAGGACACUGUCAGUCAAUACUUAAAGACCCUUCUUUCGUCCCGAUCGAAGAAGUCGAGAUCCGUGACGAAGAAAUCAUCAAGUUGAGAGCAGGGUGGGAAAAGAUGGCAAAUCGGUGGAGGGAAGCGGUAACGAUGAUGGAUAAUUGGCGCAGACGUAUGGUUGAAAAUAGCGAAGGGCUGUCAAGGGACGAUCUGUCGAAGUUGGAAUUCGGAAAGAGUGUGGCUCUGCUACCUAACGGGCAACCUGUCUUUGGGACGGAUGAUGAAUUGUCGUCGAUACUGUACGAGAACAGUAAGCUGGAAGAAGAUCAACCAAGAGACGGAGAGCUACCCCCCGAACCCAAACCAGAAGACAUUGGACAUUCCUCAUCAGCUCAAAGCGACCUCGUCAAGAAAGGCCCCCUCAAAAGACAGUCACCAGAGCUCGACCUCGACCUUGACACUCCGUUGGCACAGGAACGGUCGCCUAAGAGGCGUGCUUCCAUUGCGCGCAAGGCAGGGAAUCUAGGCAAACCAAUCCGACCAUUACAGACGAUUGACAUGAACAGUCUCAAUCGCUCACCGAAGGCUGGUCCUGAAAGGUGGACGGCAUCACGGAAAAGUGCAGACUCGGGCAUCGGCAGUAUAGAUAGUGCAGUGGAUGACAAGCCUGAACCGGGAGAUGACGAAGAUAACUAUGGUCAAGAGCUCGGGAAGGGGAUGAUAGGUUUGGAAUCCCGACUUCCACGGCAGAAGAAAAAACAACAGCCCGCCUUGACUAUAGGCGAAAAGCUCGCGGCAAUAGAGGCAGAAGCUGUGGCAACCCAGCAAGACCUGCCAUCAGCUGGUGGCGCCAGAGGCGCGAAACGAAAACAUGGAGUUCACGCCGCGAAGACGAGAAAGGCAUCAAGGAGGAGGAGUACAUUGAGUCCGGAGGAGCUGGCUGAGUUGAUGGGUAUUGAAUGA